AUGCACCCCUCCGAGCUCCUCGACCCAGGCGACCGCGCCCUCUUCACCUUCACCGAGCGCACACCUCACGGCCCCAGGCAAUCCCGGUGGUACUUCGGCGUCUCCUACCACGUUUACGACGGCCACACACCUCAUCUCCAAAACCCCUUCCACGACAACCACGCCUGGAUCAUCUACGAAUAUCUCCCCUUCAUUAACCGUAGUAUUCCAUGGCAGCCCCGAUCCGAACCGCCGCCCAUGUCCAUCGCCAUCUACCGCCCCAUAUUCAUUGACUACAACCAACCUUACGCUAUAGGUAAUCUCAACGUGCUCCUACCGCCGUCCAUCAACCCGCCGCCCCUGGGCGUUACGACGCAAGUCAUCCGUGACCGGUGGAUGGCUAGUUUUCACUUGCUUACUCACCUCGACGACGACGAAUGGGAAUGGGUGAGGGAUAGGCUCCUGCGCAACUUCUUGACUGGGAGAAGCAGGGUUGCGACAGCCGGGAUAGUCCAGGACGGCCAGGACUUUAUCACCAUGGUGUUGGUGGAGGGGAUGAGUCAAAGGGGGAGCGUUAGCGAUGAGGAGUAUCGGGAGUGGUGGGAUGGUGUGGAGAUGCAUUGGAAGGGGUUUAGGACGGUGGACGGAUUUGAGGGAUGA